AUGAAGGGAAUACGUCGGCGUGGUGUCGGUUGCCAUCAAUCAAUCAAUCAUGUUGGACUGGGUGGAGUGGCAGGCGGACAGACAGCCCUUUCUCUGUCUCUCUGGAGGAGAAUCCCCUGGCAUGGACAAAUGAGGAAGAAGCAGGCGAAACCCGCGAAACGGAUUGCUGGUGGAGUGUUUCCGGAGGAAGAUGGCUCGCCGGGAGAUUCCCGAGAGUUGCUUUCUCCGGCAUGGCAUUCUCCGUCAUCUUCCUCUCCUCCUCAUACCAGAAUCAUAUCAGCAACAGAAGAAUCGGAUAAUUCGAUCGGAAGUCCUUUUUGCGCAUCCGCUAUGCGGGAUGCGGAGGACGUCUUCCACAAUGAUGCUCCUCCCUUGAAACUUCCUAAGCAUGAGCCGGAUGAUUUUGGGAGAUGUAUUGGAGAGUGUGCGCGAUUUCUCAGAUCGCAGUUUGCUCAUUGCGGGUUCGCUAAUGGACAGAGCCAUCCUAUUCCCGCAAGCUGUCCAAUCCCCAUCAUUUCUGGUGCCAAUGACUACAAUAAGCCUUUCCUUUCCCCGUUCACUGCGAUUGGAAAUUUCGCGCAGAGCAGUUCAUUUGAUAUUCCGUGUUCAAGUGUUUCCCGAACCGACGGAUCUACCUGGUCAGCAGAUUUGGAAUCUCCGCUGAAACGUUUGGAACGAUGUGUGUGGGCCAAUAGUGAGGCGGAAUGUUCGACUUUUGGACUUUACAGAAGCAGCAGACCACCCGCGUCGGCAAGAUAUGCUUUGACUCAAUCGCGUACUAAUGCUAAUUCGAUGAAAUUACGCCUUGGAUGCGAUUCAACAAAGGCAUCAGCAGCAGAUGCUUUAGGUGAACUGUCGCAAUUGGUACAUCGAAUUGGUACGACAAAAUUACCGGUACCAGCAACGCCCAACAAAUGUGUUUCUAACAGUAUCACUAGUAAUAUUUUCACAUGCCUAAAAUGUGCUCAUCGAUUUGAUACACUUGAUGAAUUAGUGCUUCACAUCAGUACAACAAAACAUUUCACACGCGGUUCAACCAAAAAUUCUGACGCUGUAGCACCAUGGGAAAGAGAUCGAGCGGCAGCAGAUUUCGAGAAACAGAUGACUUCAUCGAAUUUUCUAGCAUCGUUAUUUUAUGCACAAAAAUGUCUUAAAGUACCACAAGAUCUAUCACAAAAAAGCAUCGACAAUAAUGUUUGA